AGAUACAUUUGAGGCUUGGAGUGGGACGUGCGCGUUGUUUAUUGUCGAACCGAAAAAAGUGAAGUGUAAUAGCAGCAAACAGUAAAUACUACUCAAAUAGUAUACAAGCAAUCAAACCCGUCUAUAACAAUGCAACUUUUGCUCGUGGUGGCCACGGUCGCGAUCUGUGGAGUCGCUCAAGCGCAGCAGGGCGUCGAUCCCGCCUAUUUGCGUCAGUAUUACCAGCAGUUGCAGCAGCAACAGCACCAGCAACAGCCUUCCGAUGGUACGCCCAUCUACGAGCAGAACUCCGAGCAGACGCAGCAGUAUGUGAGUGCGGGUCAGCAGAUCAGGCUCAAGGAUACGGUGUCGGAGCAGAUACGCGCCCAGCAGCAGCAGCAACAGCAGCAAGGAUAUGUGGCGCCAGCCGUCAGAGAUUAUCUGCAACAGCCGCAGUAUCAAUCGCAGCCACAACAGAGCGCCUAUCGUCCCCAGCCUCAGGCUGCUCCCGCGCCUCCACGUCGCAUUCAGCCUUCGUAUCAGCCACAAUCCUCGCUGCUGGGCAAAGGACAACACAAGCUGCAGUCGCAUCCACAGCAGCAGGCAGAGGAGGAGGAGCAAUACGAUGAUCAAAACUCCUCGUAUCAGUUUGGCUUCGAUGUGAAAGACGAUGAAUUCACCAACUAUCAGAAUCGCAAGGAGGUUCGCGAUGGUUCCGUCAUCAAGGGCAGCUACUCGGUUGUCGAUUCGGAUGGUUUCAUUCGCACCGUCAAGUAUACCGCUGAUCCCAAGGAGGGUUUCAAGGCUGAGGUGAUUCGUGAACCCACCGACAUUGUGGUGAAGAUUCCCACACCUCCUCCACCAACGCAGCUGCUGCGCGCCGGCGCUCACAAGGCGCCCCAGGAGUACAGCUCGGGCAAGCAGCAGUAUCAGCAUCAGCCUCAGCAGCAGCAGCCACAGUACCAUCAGUACCAGUAAGAUGGGCGGAUGGAUGAGAGAGGCUAAACAGUUCAUACUACAAGUACUUCUUGAAAGUUCCGCCAAGUCCAUGUGACUGCUUGUAACAUACAUUCCGUUCAUCGUUCAUCGCACAUGGCAUCAAAACAUACGACUUUCCUUAGUUUGUAGUAAUAUAUUUGUAUGUAAUAACAUAAUUAUGUUUGCGAUCAAAAUUUCUUGUAUAACUUUCUGGCUUAGAAUAUUUAAUUAAAAAUUUAUAAACAAA